AGGCAGGGUUGAGGCACUUCCGGAUUGACUUCACUUAACAUGCCGCAAAAACCAUCGUAAAACGGGGUUAGCCCGAUCAGCAGUGUUAUCAAACGUCUCCGUCAAGGUUAUUAAAUACUCCCUUUUAAAUAAAAAUGUUUCGUUUAUUCUAAACGAAAACGUAACGCCUCUAAAACGAUUCCGAGCGUUCGACGGUAGUGCUAGGUUUUCCCACGGGGCGGAAACGCAGCACUAGGCCAACACGUCAUCAUAGAAGCUGCCAGCAAACAUGGCGGACAUGGGACCUCAGCACCGUCAGUGACUUCACAGCCGCUUGACACUUGCUCCGCAGCACAGUGCCUCAAACACCCCGACAGCUUCCUUUGAGUGAGAGAGAUGGACGAUGUGGAAGUCAGUGACGGAGACUCGCCCUACACGGUGGAGAAGGCGCCUCUCAGAAACCCGGACCUGACCCCCCUGAGCCUGAACGUGGGAGAGCUGCUGUCCCUGUAUGGAUGGUACCUGUUGUUCGGGACUCUGCUGGUCUACCUGCUCCUCCAGUACCUGAGCAGGAGGAGAUCCAGCCAGCGCAGCCCCCCCCCACCAACACCGCAAGAUUCUGCCUUAGUGGCCAGGAGACAAGAAGCCAUGGAAGCAGCUCGGAUGAAGAUGCAAGAGGAACUUGAUGCCAAGGCUUCCAUCUUCAGGGAGAAACAGAAACAGCAAGAAGAAGAAAAGCGGAGGCAGAAAAUCGAGAUAUGGGACAGUAUGCAACAGGGAAAGAGUUACAGAGGAACAGCCACACCUUCUCAGCCCCCUGCAGAGGCCAGCUCCUCCGCUGCAGCCAGACCAAAGCCGGACAAGAAGCCCCUCCGCAGUGCAGACUACAGUCCCCUGAGUGGACAGGAGGGGGGCUCCUGCACCUUCAGGCCUGGCAGGAGGGGUCCGUCAGCUGGUGGAUGAGGUUAAAGAAGGUCAGAGAUGUUGAUCUGUGACCUCUGACAUCUUGAUGUGCAAACUGACUGGAGGGGGCUCAAACUUCACUGAGAUGUUUUUACUCCCGUUUGAUUCCUUAUUUACUCUGUCAAAGAUAACUUGAUACUCGUCCAUUGUGCGCCUUGAAGUUGAAAGCUUGUAAUGAUGCCAUUCCUGUAAGCGGUGUUACCAGCAGGUUUGGCUGAUGAACUUCAGUCAGUGUGUUUUUUCUCAUGUGUUUGAAUAUGUUUCCAUUCAUGUGUUCCACCUAAGCUUUUAACAUGUAUGUUGCUAGAGCAGUUGUAGCUAGUGGACAUGUGGUUGAUUAUUAAAAAUACUACAUUCAGUUAAUGUUUGGAUCUAUCAAAAUGCAAGGAUGUUUUUUUUAUACUGCUCUGCACAUUUGUUAUGUAAUAGAAAUGUGAUCACCCUAUCUUUUACAUCAAUAUCUGUUUUCUUUGAUGUCAACUGAGGAGGUCAUAUCUUCUUAAUAGAACAUCUGAUCUUAAGUGGCUCACUAUAAUGAAUAGAAUAUAUCUAAUAAGAGUGCAUUACAUUUAAUGUUUCAAAUACAUGCCGUUGUAUUACAUAAACAAAUAAUACAAUCAACUCCUAAUCAUUCAAAUAAAAGCCUUAUAUGAUUUUGA